GUUUGGAUUGGACAUUGUUGGUUUAAGUAUUGUUUAUCGUAUUUUAAAAAGAUUAAUACUGAAUAAAACACUAAAUAAGCACUGUAUUAAGGAUAACAAAUCGAUUAUAAGAUGACUCACCUUCCUUCCGUGCUCUAUAGCUAACGAAGACUUUAAGUGCCUUUGCGUGCCUUGUGCAAUUGAAAAGUUCAAGCAAAAAGUUCUAAAUUCUAAUGCACCGUACAUGUGAGCGAGCGGUGCAACAAUUUAAUUGAAUAUAAAUUAGAUAAAUAAAUUAAAAUGCUACUUAUUUACGCGAAAACUUUUAUAAUUACGAUGUUUUUGGCGACGGCCGCGGGUGAAGUCGGAGAGGAUGAUCUAAACGAUGUAUCGGAUCAGAUUUACGGUGUGAAAAUAAACAAAUGUUGUGAACUUGAUGAAAUCAUGGUGGACUCCGUGUGCAGAUUGGUCAAACUGUUUAAUGAAAGUGCAUGGGAGCCAGAGUUUAAGACUGAAGAUGGUAAAAUUGCAAAAGUAAAAUAUUAUAACUAUAUUACUGGCGUGCCAGACUGUGAGACAACCCAACAGCGCCCUAUAUUUGAUUUGGGAAAAUCUGAAGAUGAACUAAAGUUGUUAGCUGAUGGGAGACUCCAGCAUUUAAUCCACCAUCAUCAUAGUGUUGGUCAAAUUAAAGACGAUCUGCUCAUAACAAACACAUACAGCAUACACGAGGCCAUUGCUCUACCUGAAGCGAAGGAGCCAUCAUCUUAUAUACACGAUCAAGCUAAAUACUGUAUGGAUAAGAUACUAAUAACGAGUUCGAACAUGACAGGCCAGUACGGACUAGUAUGCAUCCCAGAAGUUAUAAUAAAUUGGAAAGAGACAAGUUUUCUCAUGAAGAAAAUAUUGAAUCCUGUUUUCCACGCCAUUGCUAUGGUGUUAUAUCUGUUGGUAGCCAUAAUAUAUUUUGUUUUGCCAACUCUACGUGACCUUGCUGGGAAUAUAAUAACUACUAUCAACAUAUGUUUGAUAGUCAGUCAAGCUGCCGAUCUUGUUAGGAUAUUUACUGAGUUGAGCAAUCAUGUUAGUUUUAUGGUCACAGAUAUAAUUUUAUACAUAAGUCUUUUGGGAGCAUUCUUCUGGUUAAACAGUUUCGGUUUUUACAUCUGGAAGACGUUCAAUCUGUCUUGCAGGUCUAGGAAUGUCUUCUUGCGUGUAACCGACGUCCGCAAAUACUGUUACUACUCGAGCGUGGUGUGGUCUGCGGUUGGUGUCAUGGCCGCCAUGGCGAUCUGCGCCCACUUCCUGCUGGACUCUGGCACCAACCCUUACAAGAAGAUGAGGCUGUCCAACACCAUCAUACUUGAGGAUGUGGAACAGGAAACUAUUGGAUGGCUGGGAAUCGCUGUAUUUUUCACGCCAGUUGCGUUCACAAUAAUCUUUAACCUUUUCUUUUACGUGACGACGCUCAAAGUUAUCAAACGCAUAAACAUAUAUGGAAGGAUACAUUACAAGCUGAAAGGAUGUUUCGAUCUAUUCAUGCAGCUAUUCCUCAUAAUGACAGUAGCAUGGCUAUUCCUAUUGCUGUCAUGGCUCAACUUUGACGGACUGUUCUACGCACACAUAGUCGUCAAUUUACUGCAAGCUAUCCUCAUCUUCUAUGUGUGUGUGGUCCGACAAUCGCAUGUUACGUUUUUGUUGAGAAAAAGCUGCUGUUACGCAGAACCUAUACCAACUGGUGAGUGGGGCGACGAAAUGACUCAUAUGAACGGUGGGAACUAUUAAUUAUAAAAAAAAAAUAUGUUUUCGAGACUGAAACUGCGGAAUUCAUGGUUAUACCCCGCGCUAUGAAACAAGUCCCUUAGACGCAGCGCUAACGUCAUAAUAGCGGUCUUAUUGUCAUUUGUGUAAGGAGCUGUUAAUUUUAGUUCACGUUUUAACCGCGGGACUUCUUUUGUGGCGCGGAGUCUAGUGCUGUAGUUUUUGUCAAAUAGUCGUCUCUGAACACGAGGCGUAUUGCUGUGCAGUGUACCGAAGUGAAGUUGGCAAAACAUACGAUACUUUCGCAGUUCGGUGUCUGGCAAACUUCAGAGACGACUGUUUCGCUACAGCUAUUUUAUUCAAAGAUAAUAUGGAAGUAAUUAUUAUGUAGACGAGUUGUAUGCAUCUACUAAACUGAGCGAAAAAAACGCGCUUAUAAGCAAACAGUCUAAGCGAGCGAUCCGAGCGAUACAGGAUUCAUAAGUAAUGAAAACAAGUUAUACAGGGUGUUGCGGAGUUUAUCCCAUAACUUUAAGGUGUUGACAAGUCCACAUAUAGAAGUCUAACUGCAUAACUAAUUUUUUUAACAAAAAUGAACUUUUUGUUUUCAUACAAAGUAAUUCAAAUAAUUCCGACUGACCAUGUAACACACGUCUUUAUCUAUCAUUGCAUUGUUAAAUACGUAAUCGUAGUGGUAAAACUGUCGAUAUCGACAAGAUAUUGCAACUGGCACUGCGUACAUCACUAGUAAUUUAUCAAUGAAUAAGUUUGGCUAGGUCAUAAUAUAAGGAUGCGACAUAUGGGACACAAUUUAAGAUCUAUUUACAAAAGAAAUAUUUUUUACUCCGAAAAUAUUCAUUUUAGAACAUGUUCCUUAGACGUUUUUAAACAAUGUUCCAUACAGAAUAUAUAAAGUUAUGGGAAAUACUUCCGAGCAUCCUGUAUAAAGCGUAAAGUGAGGGUAGCGCAAUUUAUACUAAUAUCAUAAAGAGGUGAAGUUUGUGAGGUUGUAGCGGAUAAUCUCCGGAUACCGAUUUUGAAGAUAAUUUUGCCAAUGUGGCUUACAAGUGGUAUAAGAAUUUUCGAAAUCGGUUUAGUAAAUCCAGAAAUUAGCCCCUACAAUUUUUUUACUUCUAAAGUGAGGUAGCAGAUACAUUGUAUCAAUCAAAAAAUUAUUGCUAUAAUCUCUUUAACCAAUGGUAAGCAACCAUAGAAUAUGACAAAUCUACAGCUUUAUGCCUUAUCUCAAACAAUUAAUUAAUGCACACUUAUACAAAAAAUAUAUUAUUAGAUUAGGGAAACAAAGACUUAGGGAAUCUCGAGGUUAAAUGUAGUGCCUUAUAUAAUAUGACAACGACUAAAGCUUAAAAGCACACUUUUUAUUAUGUCCCUCUAUAAAAAAUGGAAAUUUUAAAAUUAUAAUACUCGCUAAACGAAUUUUAAAUCGAAUUUUAAUACGUCGAUUUUAAAACUAACAUGUAAGUGACGUUUAUUAGCAAUUAGUUGAAAACUGUGCAGGAAUGGACUAUUCGCUAACGUAGUUGCUAUCAGAAAUGAAAAGCCACCGAACUUUGUAAUUAAAUGGUUUUCCAAGUACGAACUAUUUUCGUAUCAUUCGAUAAUGUUGCAAUAUAAAACGUACGUACCGUUAAUUUUUAAAAGACACUGAGUUAGCGAAUAAACAAAAUGAUCAGAUAAGUGAAAUACCAUCGCCAUAUUCGGAUGAUUUGUUUAUUUAUUUGACUUAAAUCGAUAUAAGUUAUUAAACUGACUUAAUUUUAUAAAUUCUGCACAACUGUUAAAGUAGCCAUCUAUUUUGUAUUCCACUUCAUAGUAACAUGUGCCUUAGAAUAUAUAAAACGAAGAGUAUUGUGUCCAAGCAAUAUCGACUAUAGAAGUAUUUAUACACACAAUCUUAUAGGUUGUAAGUUAAAAUUCAAAUCUUCCUACACAUACACGCUUGUAGAUUAGACUCUAGACUCUAGAUUAGUAGAAAAAGUUAGAUCUAAAGCUUCCACAAAACUUGUCUAAAUUGAGUGAAUUUGAAAACUUUAAAUGUGUUAGUUAAUUAAAAGUUUGUAAAUUCGUUAAUUUUCUUAAGGAAGCCAAUCACUUCUAUGCGCAUUAUAUGUCUAGGAUCAUGAAAAGAUAUAAAAUAAUAUAAAUUUUUAAUAAUAAGAUGCCACUAAAUUACUGUACAUGAAUGAUUUGGAAUUCUUUUGCAACUGUUGCAAUUUAAUAAAGGAGAUGGUCCAAAAUUGUAUGGAGCCCAGGAUCAGUCAAUGUACCCUGGCGGAAAUAAAAGAAAAUAUUUUUUUAACUGUUUUUGAAUAUACCAAUCUACGAAUUGAUUUUAAUUCUUUCCAAACAAUAUUUAUUUUCUCCCAAGAAAUACAACACUAUUAUGGGUAACAAUGGCGGAUUGAUGACGUUCAAUGCAGUAGUCGAUUUGACGUUUGCUGUCAAUUGUCAUGUCAUAGUUGCUUUAGGGGCGCCAUUUUGUUAUAACUCAAAUACUUGGAUUUUAAUUUUAUUUAUUCAUUUUUAUUUAGUUAGAUUUAUUCAUUUAUUUAGAUUUUAAUAAAAUAGUGGACCUGAAAUGGCCAAGACCAUCUCCUUUCUUUUUUUUAAUUUAAUAAAUAAUUUGAUGGUGCGCGCUAUUGUCAGUAAUGGUGCAAAUCGAGAAGUUUAUUUUGUGGUUUACAUGCCUACACAUAUUCACGACAUUGAAACGCUUAACUAUAAUUAUUAUAAGAUUAAGAAUUUUCUUUGAGCUCAUAAAAGAUACUUAAUUUUAUUAUUGCUCAUUUUGCUAGAUCAAACCAAAAUUUAUUAAUUAUCUUCAAUUUAGUAAUAAAUUUACUAUCAGUUUCAGUAAAUAUUUGUAUGUGCACAAUAACAAGUAAGACUAUUUUUUUAUAUAAAAUGUGUUUCCUAUUAUUAACAUAAUUUGUACUUUAUAUUUAUAGUUUAUAUUCGGGCUCAUUGAUGAUACUUAAUUAAUUUUAAAUUGGACCAAAAUUAUUCCUUAGUUGUAUUAAAUUAACAUUUUUAAUUAUAGGCUAAUUAUUGUUUGUAUAAUUUCCCUAAUUUUAAGAAUAACAAUGAUUUCUUGUAUAUUUGACAAGUUAAGGAAAACUCUAAAGUGAAAACACAAAAUUUGUAAGACUGGCAAUUUUUUUGUAAACAAUGAUCUUUUUGUCCGUCCCAAUGUUUACAAUAAGGUAAAAAUAGACGUGUCGUUGAUUGUAAAAGUACUCCAAUUUUUUGUGUAUAUUAAAUCUCUUAUAAUAUUAUAAAGAAACGUGCAACCUUGCCUUCAUAAAUGGUGUUACUUGUUUUAAUAACUUUUUUUACACAUCAUUGCACAAGAAAACCACAUUUAUUAGAAAACCAAUUAAAUGGAGAUAGUUACAAUAAACGACAUCUCUCGUGUGUGUAGCUAUAAACACGUAGACAGUGAAAGAAAUAGGCGAUUAACUGGCCUACCGUUGUCAGUCAAAGGAUUUUUUACAUCAAAAUUCAUAAUACUGCACUAAAUCAUUAUUUUACCAAUAUAUUUUAAGCUUGCUUAACACUUGCACUCACUCUUCACUCACUUGCAACUCACUUCAUUUACAAAUUGCAACUAGUGAAGGCUCCAAUUUUGUGCUUACACAAUUUUUUUUUAAUAACAGCAGGAAAAUCUAUUACAUCACAUUUCAAAUUGUCAAAUUUGGACUGCCCUUCCGGCGUUUGUGUUUCCUGACAGUUGUAAUUGUAUACACCUUCAUUGGCAUACGUGCAACCAAAUAUCGAAUUUGUUUCAAUUCUUUACAGAGUCCACACAUAAGUUGUUCUUUUUUGAGGUAAUGCAACGGAUGCUAAUUAUUCGUCUAUUUCUUUGUCUACGUAUAAGCAGCUAGAUAUUUAUAAUCUAAUUUGGAAAUGAUUUUUGCUCUCUUGCACUAAUGUUUAACUUGAUCACUGUUUACACUAUAACUUUGUAUGAUUUAUGAUCUGUAGGAACUUUUAUAUAUUCUUUAAUUUUAUUCCUAAAUAAUCCAUAAAAUAUUAGAAAUAAAAGCGUCAUAGUA